UCGAUAGUUGUCUCUAUUGCCAUCGAUAGUGCUGCACCGGCAUUUUACGAUUCGUAAAAAACCAUAGCAAAUUCCACGUAAGAUUUACAGCACUCGGGAGGCAACUCAAAUUAGAAGAUUAAUUAGGAGUAGUACUGAGCACAGCCAAAAUGCAAAGCUUGCAACUUAGCCAAGUGCUGCUAAUACCGCUCCUGCUGGCCCUGGUGGCCACCAACGUAGGCUCUGCCAGCGAAGUUCCACGUCCGCUGGGUGUUCCGCUGGCCAAGGCUUCACUGUACCAACCUCGGGCGGGCGAAAACAGUUGGACCUGCUUGGAUGGCAGCCGCACCAUACCCUUCUCCCACAUCAACGACGAUUACUGCGACUGUGCGGAUGGAAGCGAUGAACCUGGCACUGCGGCCUGUCCGCAGGGCCAGUUCCAUUGUGUGAACAAAGGCCACCAGCCGGUAAAUAUACCCAGUUCGCAGGUGCAGGACGGCAUCUGUGACUGCUGCGAUGGCAGUGACGAGUCAGAGACGGUCGGUUGCCCGAAUACCUGCUUGGAACUCGGAGCAGCGGCGGCUGUCCAAAGGCGGAAUGCAGCGGAGCUGCACAAACGUGGAGCUGAGCGGCGACAGGAGAUGAUUACCCGUGGCAAGCAGAUGAGGGCCGAGCGAGAGGCGCGCCGCCUUGAGCUAGAUCAACGACGCAAGGAACAGGAACUGCUGCGCGCCGAAAAGGAGCAGCUCAAGCAAACCGCUGAGGCUCUAGAGGCAGAAGCCAUUGAAAUCUUUAAGGAGCAACAGCGCGAGGUGGAUGCUGACACCGCACAGGCGGAGCGGGAGCCGCAACAGAUGCGCCAAGAGGCCACGCUCACCUUUGUGCGCUACGACACCAACAAAGAUGGCUUCGUCGAAGUUACCGAACUGAUGGUCGACAUGAAUCUGGACAGAGAUCGCAACGGCGUGGUAACUGUGGAGGAGGCCAAGUACUUCCUGGACGAGCGCGAACGAGUGGAUCUAGAUGCUUUCGUAACGCUGGCCUGGCCGCGUAUUAAGUCUCUGCAAAUGCUGGCCGAGGGUCUGUUCCAGCCGCCGCAGCCGGAGGAAGUUGCCCAGCAGCCAGAGGUCACCACCGAGUCGAUCCAGCCCACUCCACCAAAGCUAAGCGAAGAACAAGCUGAACUCGCCGGCGAUGAUGAUAUUGAAGCCGACGAAGAGGGUGAGGAGGAUCAGUACGAUGAUGAGGAACCCGAUGUGGGCGUUGGCGAAGCCUCUCCGGAUGCGGAAGAAGCCACGCCACCUAACUACGAUCCGGAGACGCAGCGUUUGAUCCAGCAGGCCAAUGAGGCGCGAAAUGCUCUCGAGGAAGUGGAGCGCAGCCUGCGCGAGAUUCAGCAGGAGGUUAACGAGAUCGACGACCAGAACAACAAGGGCUACGGCCUGACCGAGGAGUGGGCCGUGCACGAUGGCCAGUGCUACAAUUUCGAAGAUCGGGAGUAUGUGUACACCCUUUGUCCCUUCGAUCGGGCCUCCCAGAAGUCGAGGAGCGGUGGGCCUGAAACCACGCUGGGUCGCUGGGACAAAUGGAGUGGAGAGCCAAAGCAAUAUUCCCAACAAAAGUACACCAAUGGUGCUGCCUGCUGGAAUGGUCCAAACCGUUCGGCCAUCAUCAACAUUAGUUGUGCCCUGGAACCCAAAAUCACUGCCGUCAGCGAGCCCAAUCGCUGUGAAUACUACUUUGAAUUCGAAACUCCCGCCGCCUGCGACAGCGAAGCUUUCCAGUCCGAAUCGGAGAAUCUGCACGACGAACUCUGAAAUGUUCAACAAUCGACGAUGAGGAUGAGCCGCAGAGAAAUGUGAAUGCUUGGCAUGCGUAGACCAGAGAUUUGGGGAUUGUAUUUUAGUUUUAAAGGAGAAUAUCAAUUUUGUCGAGAUCAUUCCCAAACUGCAGCAGGAAAACCAUCAAGAAUUGUAGCUAAUUAACUCAGUAUAUGCAUUUAAGCAAAAAGUACAUCAAGUUUCAUUCUGAAUAAAGUGUAAACACCUAGUAUUUUUAAAACAGAUAACAUCACUGAAUGAAAAUGUUGAUUUAAAGUCGGUUUCCUUGAGCUCAAACAUACAAAUAUUUUACUUUCGUGAUACUUGAGCACAGACGAUUUCAAGGUAUAGGGAAAAGUAUAUUAUAAUUGAGAAACUAUAUGAAGAAAUUUAAUUGAAUGUACACAUUUUAGGCAGCAAGAAUUUUUCAUUUUAAAUAAAGUGUCAAUAGUUUGC